GCGUUUCAUUCACGAAUAAUGCGGUCGAGUUUGAAAGGUUGAUCGCUAGUUGUCCACCAAAUUUGAGCAUUUUUGAGGUUUUUGAUCCGCACUUGCAUGCGAGGAGGAGGCGAGAAAAUGCCCGCGUCUCUUACGAGUGUCGCCUAUGUUCCAGUGCCCAGACCAGCGUUAGCUACUCAAAAAAAUCCGACAUGGUGGAAGAGAAGAACAAGCAUGGAACGAUGCCUGACGCUGAUCACUGCAAUAGUUUUACUCAUAGUUAUAUCAUUAGUCGUAGCCCUAGCCACAGUUUUGUACAACAGAAGCACACUAGUGACAAAUACGCCUUAUACGGCUGAGGCGCUACAGGGACAGCAGACUUAUGUAAUUAAUGCGCCUGAUGAUGCCAAGGAGGGCCAAAAAAUGUGCUUAACACCUGGAUGCAUUCACACAGCUUCAAGAGUUUUGGAAUACAUGGAUCAGUCGGUGGACCCUUGCGAUGAUUUCUACCAAUUCACGUGCGGCAAUUUCAUCAAAAACACCAACAUCCCGGACGACAAGUCUUCGGUCACCUCUUUCAGCAUCAUCAGUGACACUCUUCAGGAGCAGCUGAGGACCAUGAUCGAAGAGCCAUUGAAAGCUGAUGAACCCAAACCGUUCCAGCUCACCAAGAAGCUCUACAAAGCUUGCAUGAAUAAGACGAUUAUAGAAGCCGACGGGCUGAACACAAUGAGGCAGAUAUUGAAGCAGCUGGGAGGCUGGCCGGCCCUAGAAGGCUCAAGAUGGAACGAAGGCGACUUUGACUGGCGGCAGUCGGUGUACAAGUUCAGAACCGCUGGAUACAGUGUGGACUAUUUUAUUGACUUUUCCGUGGGCAUUGACGUGAAAAACUCCACCAAGAGGAUUAUCGAUCUGGACCAAGGCUCCUUGGGGCUGCGCAGAGAGUUCCUGACCAAGGGUCUGAACGACAAGCUCGUGAAGGCCUACUACGACUACAUGGUGGACAUUGCGGUACUUUUCGGGGCUGAUAGAGCAGUGGCUUCAAAAGACCUGGCAGAGUCGCUGGACUUUGAAAUGAAGCUCGCUAAUAUCUCGCUACCAAGCGAAAAGCGGCGGAACGCCACUGCCUUGUACAACCCGAUGAGCAUUCGGGAGUUGCAGCAAAAGUUCCCCAGCAUCCCCUGGCUGGAGUACAUCAACACCCUGCUGGCUCCAGACACUCGAGUGUCCAAUGAGGAGGUGAUUGUGGUGAGCAUUCCCAAGUACAUCUCAGACUUUGAGGCGUUGGUGUCCCGAACGCCCAAGAGGGCGCAGGCCAACUACGUCAUGUGGAGGGCCGUGGCUUCAUCCGUUUCCUAUCUAAGCGACGAUCUGAGGAAGAGGCAGCUGGACUACACUACCAUAGUAACCGGACGGACUGAACGGGAAGCCCGAUGGAAGGAGUGUAUUGACAUUUCAGCGGGCAGUUUGUCUAUUGCGGCUGGCGCCCUCUACGUCCGCAAGUUCUUCAACGAGGAAGCGAGGCAAAACGCUAAGGAAAUGGUGUCGGACAUCCGGGCAGAGUUCCAGGAUAUUUUGAAGAAAGUGGACUGGAUGGACGACAAAACGCGCCAAAACGCCCUGGAUAAAGCCCGGUCCAUGUCCACCCACAUCGCCUAUCCGGACGAGAUGUUGAACGACGCAAAGCUAGAGGAAUUCUACGAAGGACUGGAACUGGACCAGAACCAAUACCUGCGAUCCAUCCUCAAUUUGACCCUCUUCGGCACCAGAUUCUCCUUCAAAAGGCUGCGCCAACCAGUCAACAAAACCGACUGGAUCACGCAUGGCAGGCCUGCAGUGGUCAACGCUUUCUACUCGGCGAUAGAAAACAGCAUCCAAUUCCCGGCCGGAAUCCUCCAAGGAGUGUUCUUCAGCGCUGAUAGGCCCAGAUACAUGAACUACGGCGCUAUCGGCUUUGUGAUUGGUCACGAAAUUACUCACGGUUUUGACGAUCAGGGGCGGCAGUUCGACAAGGAGGGCAACCUGGUGGACUGGUGGCAGGAGGAGACGAAGAAGGCGUUUGUCCAGAAGGCGCAAUGCAUUAUCGACCAGUAUGGAAACUACACAGUUCCAGAGCUGAAACUCAAUCUGAAUGGGAUAAACACGCAGGGGGAAAACAUAGCGGAUAUCGGGGGCAUUAAGGAGUCCUACUUAGCGUACCGGAAGUGGACCGGCCGCAACGGAAACGAGCCCUUUUUGCCCGGGCUUAAGUUCAACGGGCGGCAAAUGUUUUGGAUAUCGGCCGCCCUCACCUGGUGCUCAGCUACCAGAGUGGAGGAGUUGCGUCAGCUGGUGAUCACUGAUGAGCACGCUCCUGAUCGCUACCGAGUGAUCGGCCCCUUAAGCGAUAUGGAGUAUUUUGCGGAGGACUUUGGCUGCCCCAAAGGGUCCAAAAUGAAUCCGGUGCAGAAAUGCCAAGUGUGGUAGGGCUCGUCCUGUCCGCUUGCCCGCACUGUGAUUUGCCCUUAUAUGUACUUAGUUUAGGAUUACACGUAGCAACUUGUACAGUUUUCGGUUGAAACAGGCUCAAUUCCAAAGGGGAGAGUUGCCUGCAGGCGAUACUCUGCAUCAGGGUCCCUGGGCAGCUUCCGUCUUCCCAUAAUAACACGCCACCCAUUAUUGACUCGAUUCUCCCAAAAAGUCAGUAUUAAGCCACCCAGUGAGCGGCAGUUUAACGGUACUCUGUAAAUGGUGCUUUUUACUCCCUAACUAGAUUUAAGCUGUGGCGGGGCAAGUGGGGGGCAAUAAAGUUGGCGCUAACCAAAAAACUUUGAAGUUCCUGAACGGCUUUGUCCACCAGAACUGAAGUGGAAACUUGAUAAUCCGCCUUGAUUUUGCACUGAUUGUCGCAUAUACAGGGUGAUUCACAUACAUGUAGUGCCACGUUGCCAUUUAAUUACUUAUUUCUGAUAUUUAUGCCCAAUGUAAAUAAAAAACUAACUUAGCAUUUGAAAAACACUGUAUCUCACUGUGAAAAAUUCAAAAUUCCGUUUAGUUUUUCAUAACUUUGCCCUAAUUUAACUAAUUUCGUAUCUCCACGUCUCGAGUCCGCCAGGGAAUUAUUCGUAAAUAAACACCCUGUAUAUGUUGCCGAAUUGAAAUGUUGAAAUGCCUCCUGCUUGCCAAAUUAACGAUAAUUUAUUGUUUGUGUCUUUAAUGUUUUUAAUAAACGAUAAAACCCCCAA